AUGCUGACACUCUACACCCAUGAUCACUGUUCACUGUGCGAUGAACUUGUGGAGCAACUGGAGGCACAAUUCGCCGGCCGGUAUCGUCUGGAGAAGGUCGACAUAACCAGAAAGGAAAAUGUGAAAUAUCUGCGCCUCUACCGGUUGGACAUUCCGGUGCUCUUUCUCAACGGACAGUUUCUCUGUAUGCAUCGGUUAAACGUGGACUUGCUGGACCGGCGGCUGAAGGAAUUGGAGCGCACCAAGCAGUGAACUUAUAAUAAUUAGGUGAAUAAUUAGGUGACAAAUUUAAAUGCCAGCUGGUCUGCUCAAGCUUAGGUUAAAAUGAUGAGAAGUAAUGCGAGAAGUAAAAUGAUGAGAAGUAAUGCGAGUGGAAUUGUAGGCAG